UUUGGGUCGAUUAUGUCAUGGCGGGUUAGAUGUUUUCGGCAGACGGUUUGGUUAAAUUUGUUUUAAUUACGCCGUCAAUGAUUUCGUCGCAUCUCUUAUCACAUAAAACUUACGGUCUAUAUAAACUAUUGAACAUUUCUUAAACAUUUCAAAUGCUGAAACAAUUGCAAAUGGGCCUUCGCGCGUUCAUGCUCAUCGCUUCCAAAGUAUGGAGUUGUUUUUGUUACAUGUUUAGAAAGCAAUAUCGAGCGUUGGCUCAAUAUCAAUCUGUCAAAUAUGAAAUUUAUCCACUUUCGCCAGUAUCUAGACACAGGCUGAGUCUAGUGAAAAGAAAAAUGCUAGUGCUAGAUUUGGAUGAAACUUUAAUACACUCUCACCACGAUGCGAUGCUACGUCCCACAGUGAAGCCGGGCACGCCUCCCGAUUUUGUUCUCAAGGUCACAAUUGACAAGCAUCCAGUGAGAUUUUUCGUUCAUAAAAGGCCACACGUGGACUUCUUCCUAGAUAUAGUGUCCCAGUGGUACGAGCUGGUGGUGUUCACGGCGUCGAUGGAGAUCUACGGCGCGGCGGUCGCCGACAAACUUGACAACGGCCGGGGGAUACUCCGGAGACGGUUCUACAGGCAACACUGCACGGCGGAGCACGGGUCGUACACCAAGAACCUGUCAUCGAUAUGCGACGACCUCAACAGGGUGUUCAUACUCGACAACUCGCCCGGCGCUUACCGGGACUUCCCAGAUAACGCGAUACCAAUAAAGUCGUGGUUCUCCGACCCGCUGGACGUGUGCCUGCUGAACCUGCUGCCCGUGCUCGACGCGCUGCGGUUCACGCACGACGUGCGCAGCGUUCUCUCGCGCAACCUCCACCUGCACCGCCUGUGGUAGCGUCCCGAUACAUACUGGUUUUUGUACAAAUGAGAGAAGCGGCGAGCGCUUCUGGAUCCUAUUUAUUAUUAUUUUCACCUGUUAGAUCCUAUAGCGCUUAUGCAAUUAUACAUAUAGAGAUAAUAUAGUUAAUUGUUUUAAGUUCGUUUUUAAUGUGAUUAGUGUAAUAUACAUAGGUGGUAUAUACUUCAGUUACCUACGUGUGUAGGAGUAUCCGGGAGAAUUAUCCUCUGAAAGUGAGAUGGCUGUUUUUAACUAGCGUAAGUUUGUAUAUAAUAUGUAUUUUUCCUCCUGGAUUUUUCAUGUUCUCCAAAAUUAAAACAAUAAGUAUGUUAAUGAUUAAAAUAAGUCUUGUACUGUUGCCUUGUAUUUUUUUAUGACAAUAAAAAUUGUUUGAAAAUGUUUGUAAUAUCGUAAAAUUUUUAGUAAUGAAAAAGUAAAAACCCCAGCGUAUUGCCAUAAUUAAAAUUGUAUUAUCAUGGAUUUGGAUAACAAAAAACUUAUUUCGUGACUAAACAUUUUAAAAAUUAAGUUUUACACAACAGCAAAAUGUUAUUUUACCCUCUUAAAUCAGGUAUAAUCAGGUAAGGAAAUAUUUCACAUAAAGUGUUUCCACAACUAAAAAUUACGUUUAAUUAAUGUAUUUAAAAAAAAAGGCGUAAAACUUGUUGAUUUUUUUAAUGAUAUGUUUUGCGUUCAAUACUCUAGUGAUUAGUCUUUAGUAUGUCCACUUUGUAGCUUUGAAAUGUUGUGUUGCCACUUACGAAUGAAUAUAUAAUUUUGUUUUCUUUAGCGCAUCAAAUGAAGCUUACUGUUGCUUUAUAAACUGGUUCAUGAUUAUUAAAAAUUGUAAUAAAUAAAAUCUUCAAAGUACAAAAAUUGGUGUUGUGAAAGAAUUUAAAACCUUUUUAUAGUUUGAAUCACAAAAAACGUACUAAUGCUACAAAGUGGUAAUUUGGCAACAUAACAAAACAAAUUCCUGUAAAAUAAAUAGUGCUUCAAGCUAUGUUUAUUGUCUUAUUUUCUUUAGUCAUUAAUAUUAACAUUAUGUGUAAAAAAAUAUGUUUGAAAUCGGUGCGAAUUUGUUACAAAAACAUAUUGUAAAUUUUUAAUGUUGAAUUUGUGUUUUAAUUCAAUAAAAAAUUGGUUUUUAGGUAGCAUUUUUGUUAAGUCAAGCAUUUUUUAUGCUUGAAAUUUGUGUGCUUUUAAGGAGUUUGAAUUGAAACAGUAAUUGAUAGUGCUGUGAAUACAGGUAGCGCCAUAACCUCACAAGUCUCAAAAUAUAUCAACAUUUUUUUUAACUUGUUGCCAUAUAAAAAAAUCUAAAAUUUUCUGUUUUUUUUUUUUGUCGUAUUUGACGAAUACCUUUUACAGAAAUUUAUUGUUGAUUCUGUUGUUUGCUAUACCAGGGGUUCCCAAACUGUGCGCCGCGGGGCCCUGG